AUGAAUGAAAAUGAGGAUCAUGAACCAAGAUCUAUUGAUGAAUGCAAGUCAAGAGAUGUUUGGCCAAAGUGGAAAGAGGCCAUUGAGGGAGAAUUAAUCUCGCUUUCAAAGCGAAAGGUUUUUGGACCGAUAUUCCUUACACCAGAAAAGGGUGGAGUCGUGAGAUAUAAAGCAUGUCUUGACGCACAAGGAUUUUCGCAGAGAGCUGGCAAUGAUUAUGAGGAGACAUGCUCCCCUAUGGUGGAUGCAACUACGUUUUGA